CAAAACUCUAAAAGCUUUUUUCCAUUUUUCUCGCUUCCCUCCUCUUCUCCCUCCUUGAAGACUUUCCCUCCCAUUUUCUCUUUCCGCUUUCGAGCUUCGCCUCUCUCAAAUUGGGGUCUAAAAAUGGGCAAAUACAUGAAGAAAUCGAAGAUUACCGGCGAUGUCGGCGUUAUGGAGGUCACCGAGCCAACAGCUUUGGGCGUUCGUACCAGGGCCGCUAAAACCCUAGCCUUGAAGAGGCUUAACUCCUCCGCCUCUGAUUCCGCUCUAGCUGGCGACUCUUCUUGCUAUCUCCAGCUCCGUAGCCGUCGUCUCGAGAAACCACCGUCGCUGGCCGAACCCAAGCAGCCGCCGAGACACCAUAAAUCGGGAAUUAGAGAGCCUGGUUCGAGAUCUCGCGUUGACUCGGUUAACUCGAACGCAGCCGCCUCAGGUUCGGUUCCUGAAGCUCGGAGCUGCAACGGAGAUGAAUUUUUGAGCAACUCCGUGAGUGCAGAAGUGUUUUGUGGAGAGAACAGCCUCGAUUUUGAAUCAAGACACAGCACAAGGGAGAGCACACCUUGUAACUUUGUUGAGGAUGUAAAGAUCAUUGUUACACCAGGCGCUAGCACGAGGUCGUUGCGCACAGCUACCGAAGAUUACGCAAGGGACCGAGAUAGCACGGUCCCAACCACUAGUGAACUGGAGGAGUUCUUUGCCUAUGCAGAGCAGCAACAGCAGAGGCUAUUCAUGGAGAAGUACAACUUCGACAUUGUGAAUGAUAUGCCCCUCGCUGGACGCUACGAGUGGGUACAAGUCAUUCCAUGAAGUUCAAAGGAAAGCAAGCUCCAAUGAUAUGGUGUGAAGUAAGAAUGUGAUGGAAUUUAACAGACUAACCGAACAUCAAAAUCCUUAAACAGGAGUGUAAUCUUAAGUAUUAAUAAUGUGGUUAGAGAACAAGUUGGAAAGUAGGUUAGGGAUCUGAGAACCUCACACCAUUUGUACUAAUCUCUUUGAUGAUUUAGCUGCCUAGUGAAUUUGUUUGCUCUCUUGUUUCUGCCCAAGACGUUUUUCUCUCUCUCAUGUUUAUUGAAAGCUGUGUGUAUGUGGUGAUGAUGAUGAUUGAUGGGGAUGUGUGUAAGCAUGUAAAAAUGGUUCAGAUGCAGAUUUAACCCAUUGAAGGGUUCACGUGAGAGUUUGGUAGGUGAGUCUAACUCUGAAAUCUGAAUCAUAUCCUCUUCGUGCAACUACACACAGAUUGGUCCCUCCUUUUGCAUACUCUUAUUUCUCUCUUGACAUAAGUCUGACGCAGGAUCUAGAGCACGUGAAUGUGUGUGUGCGUGUGUGAAUAAUGUGCGGAAUACGAUCAUUUGUAUUAAUUUUGAAUUGUAAUGUGAUAGUGCUUUUUGAUUUUUGGAUAAUGAAAAGCCUAAGAAGUUGGAAACACGAAUUAAGAGAUAUAUAAGGGUUAAAGGGUGAGAUUUUGGCAAAUAAAACACAGAGAAGAGUGUUCGAACUAGACUCAUUUUUGCCCUCGAUUUUCCGUACC